UGCAACAUCAAAAAGAAAUCUAUCAUGCUAGAAAAAGAAAUGGAAGAGUUAUCAAAAAUUAUUGUCAAAGUAUGUAAAUUUUUAAUCCUGUAUAUAUUUUAUUUUAGAGUAAAAUUUGUCUUGUUUGUUACCAAUUUUAAUGAAAUGGAAAGAAAGUAAAAUCAAAAACUCAAAGAGUCUUCUAAAAUUCUGGAUGCAUAAGAAGACAAACCUCGACGUGUAACAAUGCCUAAACCAAAGAACGAUCACAUAGAGAAAACAGCAAAGUUAAUAUUCAAAAACUCCAGAAACACUAUAAAUACAUACUCGAAGACGUAUUCUGGUGCAUCGCAGAUUUAUACAAAAAGUCUAAUUCUACGACUAAAACAGAAUAUACCCAACGCAGAAUACUAUCAAGAAAAUGGCCGAGUUAAACGAGAUUUAAGCAUAGAAACAGAUAUUUGCAUUUUGAGAGGAUACUAUAAGAAAAGAAGAAAUAGAUUUAUUAAUCGUGGAACUGUUUCCACGAAAUCUAAAUAUUCUGUUAAUCGUACUGAAAUAGAUACUAUCGAUGAAUUUAAAUAUGACAGCAGUGCUUGCGGAGACAGUAAAGGAAGUGUGAAAUUAAAGAAUGCACAUUUCAAUGUAAACCUAACCUCAUUCGUUCUACGGAACCUAAAAAAACUAUUGAAUGACUGGGUUAAAAAAUACUUGUUGGAUAGCGAUGAGACAAACGAAAAAAUCGAAACGGUUCUUGAUUCAAUAUUACAUAAGCUAGAUGUUCAAAUAAAAGACACCGUGUCUUCACUUACCUACACUGUAGAUAUAGAAGUAAUAGAUCAAGAACAAAAUCAAAUAUCCCAUCACAUAAAAUCCCAAGCCGCUAAACACAGGCAAAGACAAGGAAGUCUGAGUGUACCUUUACUUGGUAAAAGCUUUAGGAUUCUGUCCACCCUUAGUGUCCCUAAAAACAUAAAUAGGCCUAAAACUUCAAAAUGUUCCUGGAGCCAACUGAACAAAAUUCGUCAUAAGAAGAUUUUAUUGUCGAAUAAUGGAUCAAGCAAGUAUCUAUUUACUUAUUCUAGUUUAAACUUUUUAACACUUCCAACGAAUUGUUUGACAAAACGUUGCGCCACGUACCAACAAGAUAUUCCCAGGAAAAAUAAAUACCAACAAAAAUGUCUUGUUACACCAGAAAAUUUUGACAGUUUUACAGCAAAUUCAGCGUUUGAUACUAUUCCAAGUAUUUAUAAGAAUAUAUACAAAGAACUUAGACAUAAAGGACUUCAUGAUUCCAGAACCAGCGAUCGAAGUAAAAAGAAUGUACAUGAACAAAAUAAUAGUGAACCAUUAGCAUCUAUUGAUUUUAAGAAUCAAAGUUGUCAUUUUCUUAAAAAUAAGCAAAUACAAGAAACAGAACAGACCAGUUCCUUAAUUAAAGCAAGUGUUGAUAAAAAAUUAAAGAAAGUUACUAGAAGACGUAAAAAAAGCAUUUCAAGCAAACAUAAAAAGUUCACAUAUUACUUUCGGAAAUCAAAAACCCAUACCCAACGGAAAAUAGAUCUGUUAUAUCAUUUUCAAAGUAUUUUUGAAAUGAUUUCUUCUCAAAAAGGGGGAGAUGUGAAAUUAGACAUUCACGUAAAUGUGUUUCCUUUAAGUGAUAGUAAAACAGGAAAAGAUGCAGUUAAUACUUGUGAGUAUUCAUAUCCACUCAUCAGCGCUAACAUGAAUACACCGGUUAAUCCAAACACUGUAUACGGUGACUCAGUGCAUCAUGAAAAUAACAUUAUACCAUUGCUCGAUGGAGCUGUUAGCCAAGCUAAAUAUAUUAUGAAUGGAGAAACAUCCACAGGAAGCUCUGGAAAUAACAAUCCUAAAGACAAUAAAGCUAGUAAUUAUAUUGAUGAAAAUACAGAAAUAGCUCAAGAAUUAAGUGAAAUCAAAAUGAUUAUCAAAUCUUUAGCAAGUACUAUGGAAAAGUUUUUUAACGAACAUAUUACUAAAAGAAGUAAAAACAAAGAUAUUUCAAGCAGUCAUAAAGAUAACACGAAAGAAUAUCUAGUAGAAAAUUUAGCUAAACCAUCUAUAGGUGUUCAAUUUUCAAACAGAUUUGUACAAGAUGAUGACGAUUCCGGAAUAAAACUGAAAAAAGACCCCAAAAAGAAACACACAGAAUAUAACCCCUGUCUUAUUAAAAGAAGUACUUCAUAUAACAUUAUAGAUAGUGAAUCUAUACUUAAAGUCACUGAUUUGACUUCCGCAGUUAAAGGUGAAACUAAUGCCAGAAGCAGAGUAGAUAAUGCUUUAACAUGUUCUUUGCCGAAAACAAAAUCAUUAUUCGAAGUAUCUUGUGCGAAAUGCGAUGAAAAAUCGUCAGCUAUUCACUACGAUGACUUAAUGAAACAAGAGUAUAUUUACAAUGUUUGUGAGCGUAAACACAGACCUUAUUCUCCAGAUAAAGAUACAUUUCAGCAUGUAAAACCACCAUUCGAUGAAGGUGAUACAAAAGUUGAAGAAAAACUAGAACGGACUCAAAGCGUAAAAUCGGUAAACCGCGGCGAUAACGAGAAGUGCAGCUCAACUAUUUUUAUAGACAUCGAAACAAAAACACAUGGCAAGAAAAUUACUAUUCGACCUCGUACUGGAAUAAGAUUUUGCGAGGGCUGUUGUUAUUGCAUUUUGCUUUGGAUUCCAGUUCUUGUGAUUUUAUGGUUAUUCCACGAAUAUGUUUUGAAACACUAUCUACCGGAAGAUUUUUCACUACGUAGAUUAUUAAGGUCAAAGAGAGAUUAUAUUAAUGAUACAUAUUUACGCCUUACACUUGCUGAUUUGGGGUUUUAAUUGAUUUGUUAAAAAUAUAUUACUUUUUAA